AUGCAGAUCAAUGUAUUUAGUUACAUAGUAUUUGGAUUGAAAAUAUCGAACUAUAAAUUAGAAGUAGAUCAGUUAUAUUUUCAUCACAGACGCAAAAACACAAUCAUGAAAUACAUUGCAUUACUUUUAUGCAUCACUGUUGGUUAUAUCCAUUCAUGGACGAUAGAUUAUCUACCGGCCAAACAAGUGUCAUCUCCACAUUUUAAUCGUGGUCGCUCUGGCCAGGCUAUUACAUGUUUGACCCUUCAUGGUACUGCUGGUGGUGGUACGGUUUCCUGGUUUCAAAAUCCAUCUAGUAAAGUUUCGGCACAUUACGUCGUAGAACAAGAUGGAACAGUCGUACAGAUGGUCAGCGAAGAUGAUACAGCAUGGCACAAUGGUGUUGUCACGACGAAUUCAGUAUUUUAUGGUCGUCCAAAUCCUAAUUUGUGGUGUAUCGGAAUUGAAUUCGUUCGUAAUACACAAAAUAACAACAUUAUGCCAGAAGCUCAGAUAGCUUCAGGCGUUCGAUUAGUCGCUGAUAUCAAGCGCCGUUAUCGAGGUAUCAAUAUCUACACUCAUGAUCAAUUCAAUGUUGGUCGCACGUGUCCUGGACCGAACUUUCCUCUUUCUCGUUUUAAAAAUGCUUAA